UUUGAAAAGCGGAAGUGACUGUGUUUACACUGUUAGCGUCUUUGUGUUAGCUAACGAGCUAACAGCUGCGGAUGUUUUACCGGUCACAUGUUACUCGGUUCUUCAAAGGAUCUAAGAUCAACCGUUUACCGGAGCCCAGCGGUCCGUCCACCGUCUUCUCCCGGGGCUCCACCGUCUUCUCCCGGGGCUCCAGCGUCUUCUCCCGGGGCUCCACCGUCUUCUCCCGGGGCUCCACCGUCUUCUCCCGGGCUCCACCGUCUUCUCCCGGGCUCCACCGUCUUCUCCGGGGCUCCACCGUCUUCUCCCGGGGCUCCAGCGUCUUCUCCCGGGGCUCCAGCGUCUUCUCCCGGGCUCCAGCGUCUUCUCCCCGGGCUCCACCGUCUUCUCCCGGGGCUCCACCGUCUUCUCCCGGGGCUCCAGCGUCUUCUCCCGGGGCUCCAGCGUCUUCUCCCCGGGCUCCACCGUCUUCUCCCGGGCUCCACCGUCUUCUCCCCGGGCUCCACCGUCUUCUCCCCGGGCUCCACCGUCUUCUCCCGGGGCUCCAGCGUCUUCUCCCGGGGCUCCACCGUCUUCUCCCGGGCUCCACCGUCUUCUCCCCGGGCUCCAGCGUCUUCACCGCCGGGUCAAGACGUUUCUCCUCAAACCCACAAAUGCCCCAGAAACAGAAAACCGUGAAGGCUCAGCAGCCCGGAGCAGAGCCUGAGGCCUCCGGUCCGGUGGUUCGAGACCGACACGGCGCUUUAACCAUCACGGUGCACGCCAAGCCCGGCUCCAAACACAGCGCCAUCACAGCAGACGUCUCUGUAGAGGCGGUGGGAGUUUCCAUCGCGGCACCCCCCACUGACGGAGAAGCCAACACUGAGCUGAUUCGCUUCCUGGCUCAAGUUCUGGACCUGAAGAAAAGUCACAUCUCUCUCCACAAGGGCUCCAGGUCCAGGGACAAACUGGUCAGAGUGGACUCGUCCCUCAGUGUGGAGGAGGUGUUGAGGAGGCUCAGAGGAGACGCACGCACAUGACCUGUAAUAAAAAGGACAAGUGGUUUCACAGCUGGACCAGUGUGACGGAGGGACGCCUGGGCAUCACCAUGGAAACAGGCCGAUGCAGAAGGUGUUGCUGGGAAGAAAAGGACGUCAGUCUGUCCCCAUGACGACUGGAUGUGAUGUGUGUGUGUGAACGUCUGAAGUGAAUCAUUGAAGUGUCACUUGAUUAAAUCAACUGUUGAGGAAGAUUAAACAGAUUCUGAGCUGAACGAUUAAAUAUUAAACAUGU